AUGGAAGGAGGCCGAAACAGGGAGAAACUUGUACGCAUAAGAGAGGAGAUACUAAAGAAGAGAAGAUGUGGAAAAUUACCAGGAGACAAACACCACCUCUGUUCUCAAAGCAUGGUGGCAGUCUCAUUCCAAGUGGCCUUACCCUACUGUGAGUUCUCUCUUUCUAUGUCUUCAGUCGCUAACAUGACUCAUGUUUUCUUACAGAACACGCCAAACAACUUCAUUUGCCUUUUCAAUCUCCUAAGUUUUAAAGAUUGA